AUGAUGCAGCCAUGGGAGAAAGUGCACUUUGAUCAUAAUUAUGCCAGAUCUGGAAAUGGUUCUUUUUAUCACAGUCAUGUGAGACCGACCAAAACACUUUUCAUGUUUAAAAAUCCACUUGCUGGAAAUCAAAAUGAUGAAGACAUUGAUGUUUCUACUGAAGUUUAUUGUCCCACUCCUCCAUAUGAUGUUGCAAAAGCUCAUCAAGCGAUGGAGGAAUGUGAAAAAUGUGUUUUCCAAUCAAAUGAAAAUGACAACGAAAAUGAGGAUUGGGAAGAAACAAUUUCUAGGUCUGGGUGGAACAAUUCUCAGUCGAAUCUUUUUAAUAAAAUUGUUAAAAUACUACAAGCAGACAGGUUAGCAAGGCUAGCAGUGUCUGGCAACAAAAAUGAACCAGUGCUCAGACGAUUAACCGUAGAUAAGAGCGCACAAAGAUUUAGGGAAACUUUGGGUAGCGUCAUGUGGGAUUCAAAGCUUUUACAAUGGCUUCAUUCGAUAAUGCUUGAAAAUUUGACAGCAAGCUAUCUUGCUGCAUAUUUAGAGAUUUUGCAAACUCUCAAAAGCAAAGUUCACAGUCUCAUUGAAAAAAUGGUGGCAAACAGUGGGCAGCUCGCUAAUAAAGCUUCCGUAGACACUGACGCUUUAAAUCUUUUAUUGAAAGAACCAUGGGAUCCUACUGCACCCAGUCUAACUCAUCAAAAAUUGAGGAGACUUCCUGGCAAUCCUAUUAUAUUACUUUUACCAUCCGGUGCAAAAAAACAGCAGUCUUCAUCGAGAAUGCAAGUUUGGAAUAACUAUUUGUCUAGUUUAGGAAUAUUAAUUGAUGUUUCAUCUUCUUUAGAUCAUAUCAGCACCAAAAUAUCAACCCAAAGUUUUCUAACUCAAAUGAUCAAAAAUACCAAAAAUCGUUUAGCCGAAAUAAAAAUCGAAUAUCCACGAAGGCCGAUAAUACUUAUGGGCUGGAGAGCCGGAGCAUCGCUUGCUUGUCAAGUGGCCGUAACGGAAGUUGUGACCGCGGUAGUUUGCCUCGGGUUUUCGGCCAACACUGUCGAAGGUUACAGAGGGGAACCGGAUGAUUCUAUAUUAGACAUACAAUGCCCAGUUUUAUUUGUGACUGGAGAAAACGCUCCACUGUCCAGGCAGGAAGACUUGGAAGAAAUAAGAGAGAAAAUGAAAGUACAAACAGGUUUGCUAGUCGUUGGAAAUGCGGAUGAAUGUUUGAGAAUGGGUAAAAGAAGAAAGAGGUUGGAAGGAGUGACUCAAAGUAUAAUUGACAGAUGCGUAUUAGAAGAAAUUGGUGAUUUUCUAGCUGGAAUACUGACUUCUCCGAAACCCCUUUUGAGUUCGAAUGAAUUACGAAGGAGUUCUUUUGCCAGGAGAAGACAUAAUUCUACAACAAGCUCGGUUGACAGUGAAAGUUCUUCUGCUAAAAGAUCUCGUCCUGCUCAGCACGCAAUGGAUUCAGAGGCAGGAGACCGGGAAGUUAGUAAUUCUAAUGGCGGAAUCACUGUAAAUAUUGGUAAUUUAGCCAGUUUGGGGCCCUUGGGCUCUUUGCGAAUGGGUCCCAACGUUCCCGUGACAACGUCAACUAAUUUAGCACCGACUCAAACGGUGUCGAAGGGAAACCCAUCCGUGAUUGAGGCAGCCCCGCCAGAAGAAGUAAUCAAAAUAUUUCAAUUUCUUCAAAUCGUUUUUUCUGAGGAAAAAAAAACGGGAAACCUAAGGCAGGUAUUGGGCUCAACAUCUAAGUUCACCGCGAUGACUCAGUCGAAUCGAGGAGGAACUACUCUGCAAAUCCUGGAUAAAAAUGGGAAGCCGAUGAUUCAAAGCCGAUCAUCAUCAUCAUCGUCAUCGUCAUCAUCAUCCGUACCUUCAGUUGCCCAAUUGAAUAACAAUCAAACCGGAACGCGGCCGCAAAUAAGAUCUGUGCCUCGAAAUCCGACUUCUAUAAAAACUAGUCCGGGAUCGGCACUCAGGGCUUCAAGUCCGGCAAGCAAAAUGCAAAAAUUUUCGCUUUCACAGAAUCCAAGCAAAUUCGUUACUUCAAACGGAACAAAUAUAAUUCUAUUAGAAAGCAAUAGUGGUACAAAUCGACCUGUUAUCGUCCCGUAUUCUACUUCCGUUUCGAAAAGUCAAUUGAAGGCGAGUCCUCAAAAAAUAACCAAAUCAACGCCUCUCACUAAAUUUUCAAUGUCAAAAAAAAUAAUAUCCACCAAUUCUCUUUUACAACAAAGACCGGUCAUAUUAAGGACGAAAUCUAUAACAAAUCACGGAGCAACAGGAACAAAAGGAAAAUGUUUAAGAACGGAUUUAUCAGAAGGGGAUUCGACCCACGGAGACCUAAUAGAAAUCCCCGUUUAUUAUGCAGAAAACGAAACGAAAAAUGAAGAAGGAAAAACGUCAGACCACACACAACAACAACAACAACAACAACAACAUAAUACACCCGUAGUCAUUCCUAUAAUUGACUCGUCAAAAUCUAAAAAUUCAAAAAGUUUUUAUCCGAAAGAUAUUUCGUAUACCGAAGAUGGUGACUCGAUAUCGUUUCCACUAGAUUGCGAAAUUGAAGGAAACGAAGAGGAAGCGGGCGUUAAAAUGUUUUUGGGAUCUCUAAAUAGGGUUGUUAAAGGUCCCCAGGUAUUUGUUGCCAAACCGGGUGCCAGCGUCAAUAUAAAAAAUGUUAAAACGCAUUUACCGGGGAAAAAGACAGAAGGAGGAGAAGAAGUUUUAAAUGAACACCAUGGUGAAUCAUCGGUGAACGAUAAAGAAGGGUCUAAAUAUUUGUGCAAUGGAGAAGAUAGAGUUUUAUACGAAAUAGUCGAAGAAGAAAAUUAA